UCUCCACUAUCAUUUGUUGGCCAGGUCUGUGUCUCUGCACACUUCAUUUAUCUCCUCCCUCUUUUCCUUGUCGUCGCUUUUGGCAAGGUCCCUGGCCAGGCCCCUUUACCCGAGCUGAUGCUCCCACCUCCCACGUUCCCUCACACUCCUGGCCGGGGAUGGGAGGGUGCCGGACCCGGCUGGGCUGAGCGCCCGGUGCGGCCGCCUUCCGACACAUCCCAGGGCAGCAGCUUUCCCUGAACAACCCAUCCUCGGUGGCCUCGCCCCUUGGCCGGGGAGAAUUGCUUUUAAACAAUUUUUAAGCUGGUGCUGGGCUUUGCUCUCAACCCUGCGCAGGCUCUGGGUGUGAAUCCCGGCUCCGUCACCUCCCUCCUUCCCGCCGGUGCCUCUGAGCUCUUCCUGGGGGAUGCGCCCACUGCUGCCGCUAUCCAUCCCCUCCGGAGCCGGAGAGCCGUGGGAGGAGGCUGCGAUAUGUCGCCAUAGACGGUGCUUGGGGCAGGGACGUGCCUGUGGACGUUGCUGGAAGAGCAUUUCCGGAGCAAAAGGAUUGCCAAAAAAAAAAAAAAAAACCCAAAUCGCUCAACGACUUUCAUUUUUGAGCAGAGGCAGCGCAGGAGGAAACGAGUGGCAGGCUGGGGCACAGAGUGACGGUUUGGUUGGUUUUUUUUGGUUUGGUUUUUUUUUUUUCAGACAGGGAAAUGCUUAGCUGAGAUCUGGGUGACUCCUCCAGACACACGGGGUGACGGCCGAGCAGCUCCUGCCCCAGCUCAGAGCCCAUGAAAGAGCUCGGGGCCUCCAGGUUGUGCAACAGCGAAGAGGAUGCUCUCCAGGUCCCACCUCCGCUGCUCUCUGCCGGCUUUCAUCAUUUAUGGUUUAGUUCUCCAGGUUCAGGAGCUUCAGUCAGCUCCGUUCAACGUGACAGGACCCCCCGAACCCAUCACCGUGGCCGUGGGUGAGGACGUGGUGUUGCCUUGUCGCUUCUCCCCGACCCAGAGCGCGCAGGACGUUGAGGUGACCUGGUUUCGGGACCACUUCUCGCCCUUUGUGCAUCGCUACAAGGGGGGCCAGGACCAGUACGGGGAGCAGAUGCUUCAGUACCAAGGGCGCACCGAGCUGCUGAAGGACGGCCUUGCCAAGGGCAGCGUCGACUUGAAAAUUUUCCGCAUCCAAAUGUCUGACAGAGGGAAUUACACCUGCUUUGUUCAGCGCGGCUCGGAUUAUGACGAGGCUGUGGUGGAGCUGCAGGUGACAGCCAGCGGCUCUGCCCCGCUCAUCGUGCUGGAGCGCUACCAGGACGGGGGGAUCCGGGUGGCCUGUCGCUCGGACGGCUGGUACCCGCAGCCCCAAGUGCUGUGGCAAGAUCCCCACGGGCGGCAUCUCCCAUCCCUCUCGGAAAACGUUACCCAGGACAAGAGCGGCCUCUUUGCAGCGGAAAGCAGCAUCAUCCUCACCAGAGACGUGAACCAAAAACUCUCCUGCUCGGUCCACCAUGCGCUGCACAGCCAGGAACGGGGAUCGUCUUUUUACAUAUCAGAUCCCUUUUUCCAAAACGCCCGUCCUUGGAUGACCGCCCUGGGCGUGGUCCUGGUUGCUGUGGGCGCUUUCCUCAUUAUCGCUGUUUAUCUAUAUAAAAUUAAAGGAAAGCAUGAAAAAAAAUUAGCAAUACAAGAGGCAGCACUGCGGGACCGUGAUGCAGAAAUCGAGAAGCAAGCUGGAGAACUUGCAUGGAGAAGAUACGCAGUGCCUAUAGCAGAAGUGAACGUGGUUCUGGAUCCAGACACAGCCCAUUGUGACCUUGUCCUGUCUGAUGACUGCAAAAGCGUGAAACGAGAAGACACGCGGCAGGACAUCCCCGACAUUCCGGAGAGAUUUAACCCGUGGCGCUGCGUGCUGGGCCGUGAAGGCUUCACCUCGGGGAGAUACUACUGGGAGGUGGAGGCAGUGGAUGGAGGGGGAUGGACUGUGGGAGUUUCUAGGAAAGACGUGAAAAGGAAGGGUGAGAUUGAGUUUAAGCCCGAGGAGGGCAUCUGGGCAGUGGGGCAGUGGGCAGGGCACUUCCAAGCUCUCACAUUCCCUAAUCGCACUCUCCUUCCUGAAAUCCAGACUCCCAAGCGGAUCCGGGUCUCUCUGGAUUAUGAUGAGGGACGGGUGGCAUUUUUCAGUGUUGAUGAGGAGAUUCCCAUCUUCACAUUUCCACUGGCAUCAUUUGAGGGUGUAAAAGUCCACCCUUGGGUCUGGCUGGGUCCUGGGACGUGGCUCAAAAUGUGGCCAUGAGGAAGGGGAGGGAGCAAGAGAAGGCUUUUUUUAGGGGACCUCAGGAGUUCAGACUCACGGAAGGAAGGAACUUGUUGAGGUUUCUGUUGCUGCUCACAGCAGGGCUAACCUCAAAGCUGCCUUAGGUGUCUUUGGACCUUGUUCAGCUGAAUUGUAUAGGAACUCCAAGGGUGGAGAUCUCUUUACCUCUCUGGACAUCCGUCCGAGUGCCGAAUUAACCCUUUAUGUUUGGUCAGAGUUUCCCCAAUUGCAACCCAUGACUGUUGCCUUUCAUCCUUGCUGUCUACCUGUUGAACAACGCUCCCACUGAACAGACAGUACCACAACAGGGAUUUCUUUUUAAAUGCACAGAAUAAAGUUACUUCAGCGGGA